CCGAAAUAAAACUAGCCUCCCCGCGACGCCGCGCCGCCCCGCCCCGCCCGAUCGCCGCCGCACUCGCCGCCCGUCCGCCUCGCCGCAACGCACCGCGCCACCGCGCCGCGCCAGCCUGAGGGAGAGAGAGAGACGCCGAGGUUUGAGGUUGGUGAGGGAGCUGAGGCGGCGGGAGAAGGAGGAGGAGCGAGAGCGAGGGAGAGAGAUCGAUGGCGAGGUUCGAGGUGUACGAGAACAACGGCGGCACGUGCGUGGCCGUCGCCGGCGCCGACUACUGCGUGGUCGCCGCCGACACGCGCCUCUCCGUCGGAUACAGCAUCCUCAGCCGCGACAGCUCCAAGAUCGCCCACCUAGCGGAUAAAUGUGUUUUGGCCUCAUCUGGAUUUCAAGGUGAUGUUAAAGCUUUGCAGAGGAACCUUACUGCCAAGGAAUUGCUUUAUGAACACAACCAUAACAAGAAAAUGAGCUGCCCUGCGAUGGCGCAAUUACUGUCCAACACGCUCUACUACAAAAGGUUCUUCCCAUACUAUGCCUUCAAUGUGUUGGGUGGACUUGACAGCGAAGGUAAAGGAUGUGUCUUCACAUAUGAUGCUGUUGGGUCUUAUGAAAGGACAGGUUAUAGUGCUCAGGGGACAGGUGCAGCUUUGAUGAUGCCUGUUCUGGACAAUCAGCUAAAAUCUCCUAGCCCAUUACUACUUCCAGCUCGGGAUGCAGUGACACCAUUAUCUCAAUCAGAUGCUGUCGAUCUGGUUAAGGACGUUUUUGCAUCAGCCACAGAACGAGACAUAUACACUGGAGAUAAACUGGAGAUUGUUGUCAUCAACAGCGCCGGCUCUCACCGUGAGUUCAUUGAGCUAAGGAAGGAUUAGCGUGGGAUACUAUCAAACCACCUCGUACCUGUGCAACAACAAUACCAUUCAGUUACUAGCAGAAUGUGCCUUUUCCUUGCCAGAUGUAUUUAAAUUACCGUUGUAUUAUUCAGUGUUCACCAUUAUUACGGAAGUGGUUACGUAAGACAUUUUGUAGUCUUUCUAUCUGAACUAUGCGUAUCUGAAUUGCUCACUGAA